GAGCAUAAUAAUUUCACUCCGUUUUGCUCCAGCCUACAAGUUUGUUUCAAGAGAUCAAAAGGGAUAAGAAUGCCUACUGGACUACUUCUUCCGGUGGCUCAUUUGCAGAAUGUCACUGUUACCUAUACAGAUUUUACCAUCAACCCUGACACUUACGCAUGCUUCCCGUCAGAAGCUGUUCCUCAUCCCGCUGUCCAAGUGGCUCUCCUGCUUCUAGCAUUCACGCUGGGGUUCAUGGGCAACUUCUCUGUUCUGGUGCUUGUCGGCUGCCCACAGUUUCAGAGAGCAUCUCUGGGAAUAUACCUCUUAAACCUGGCUGCAAACGACCUUCUGUCUGCACUUUGCAUGGUGUUAAGAGCCAUCGACGCAAGCUCAGGGUGGACUUUGGGAGACGUGGGCUGUAGGGUGCUCUCCAUGUUGAGCGAUCAGGCCCUUUACACAGGGGUCCUGCUCCUGGGGGGACUCUGCAUGCACUCUUUGAGGAGAGCCAACAGCCACUUGCUGUGCACCUUAGCCUGGGUGUUUGGGUUCUUCAUCGCCCUCCCAGCUGUCCUCUUCAGCCGGGUGUCCCACCUGUCGGGCCACAUUCUCACCUGUCAACAGCAUAAAGGGAGGGCCUUGGAGCUUCCCUUGAGCCUACUCAAGAACCUGGUUGGGUUUGCCAUCCCUCCACUGCUCUUCAUCUUGUCAAGUCUACCUUAUGUGUGCUUCCGGAGCAACGACUGGAAAAAUAAAUGGGAAAAGUCCCUCAUUCUUUCGCUGACUCUGGCAUUCACGAUCUUCCGCAGUCCUUAUCACAUUAGUGCCUUUGCUAGCACACUGAUGAGUGGAAAUAUCAUUGAAGUGAAUUGUCACCUGUUGUUCAGCACAGAGAGAGCCAUUGGUGUCACACAAAUGCUGUCCAACUGUCACUGUUUUGUCAACCCAAUCUUAUACUGCCUCCUUUGGAAUAAGAUUAGAGAAUUUCUUUGUUGA